GUGAGUAUUGCAAAAGAUAUAAUGCGUCCAGUUUUCCCUUUUACUGCUAUUGUUGGUCAAGAAGAAAUGAAGUUGGCAUUAAUUUUGAAUGUUGUAGAUCCUAAAAUAGGUGGUGUUAUGAUUAUGGGAGAUCGUGGUACGGGGAAAUCUACUACUAUUAGGGCUAUAGCUGACCUAUUGCCUAAAAUAGAAGUUGUUGAGGAUGACAUGUUUAAUUCUCAUACUUCUGAUUAUGAAUUAAUGGGGGAUCAUGUUAAGCAAAAAUUAGAAAAAGGACAAGAUCUGAAAAUUAACUUAAUUAAGGUCCCCAUGGUAGAUCUACCUUUAGGCGCAACGGAAGAUCGUGUUUGUGGAACAAUUGAUAUUGAAAAAGCUCUAACAGAAGGUAUUAAAACUUUCGAGCCUGGUUUACUUGCUAAAGCUAAUAGAGGUAUUCUUUAUGUUGAUGAAGUAAAUUUAUUAGAUGAUCACUUGGUAGAUAUUCUUUUGGAUUCAGCAGCAUCAGGUUGGAAUACGGUAGAACGAGAAGGUAUUUCUAUACGUCACCCAGCAAGGUUUGUUUUAGUAGGUUCGGGUAAUCCUGAAGAAGGAGAAUUAAGACCGCAAUUAUUGGAUAGGUUUGGCAUGCAUGCCGAGAUUAGAACAGUUAAAGAACCUUCUCUGAGAGUACAAAUUGUUGAGCAGAGAAGUAAAUUUGAUAGUAAUCCAUAUGAGUGUUUAGAAGAAUUUCAAGAAGAGCAAGAAAAAUUAAAGCGUAGAAUUAUUGAUGCCCAGAUUAAAUUAUCUGAUGUUACAGUAGAUUAUGAUUUAAGAGUGAAAAUUUCUGAAGUUUGCGGUGAACUAAAUGUUGAUGGUCUACGUGGCGAUAUAGUAACAAAUAGAGCCGCAAAAGCAUUUGCAGCAUAUAACAAUAGAGAUAAAGUUGAAAUCUCAGAUAUUCAAGAGGUAAUUACUUUAUGUUUACGCCAUAGAUUGCGUAAAGAUCCACUAGAAACUAUUGACACAGGAUCAAGAGUAAAGAAAGUAUUUGAAUCUGUUUUUGUAUCUAAUUAA